AUGGCUGAUAAAGAACAGGACAAACUUCCUGAUAUUGUAACUGACCAAGAAAGGGACAUUGCUCAAAAUGCUAUAUCUGAAUUCAAGAAAAAGAACUACAUAGCUUGUCUACAGUUCCUGAAUAAGCUAGAAAAUAGAAAUAAUGACUUGAAAGUCAUCCAUAAUAAAGCAAUCUUAGAAUUCUACAAGAGUGAUUGCAAGAAAACUGAUUUACUACAGAAGAACUUGACUACUAUUUGUAAUCAGUUCCAGAUAAAAUCUGAGAAGAUGGAUGAUUUGGAUCAUUGCAUUAUUUUAUUCAAUCAAGCUGUUAUACUGUACCACCAACGUCAGUACACUGCUGCACAAAGAAUAAUGGAUAGGGUCUACAAAUUCAUUGAACCAAUGGAGGAAUCCCUGGCAAAGCAAGUCAGCCUCUUGGCAAUAGAGCUGCAACUGUGUCUCAGACAACCUGAUAAAGCAUUGACCCUGAUCAAUUAUUUAGAAAAUAACUUGAUGUAUGGUGGGUCUAUUCCAUUGAAGGGUUUAGAUAAAAUGGGAAAAGAAAGAAAGAUUCAACUGCCACCUCCCAAACCCUUGCCUGAAGAAUUUGAGAGAAAAUUACUUAAAUAUAAACUCAGGUGCUAUGUGAUGAACCACUCAUUGAAAACUGCUGUCAAAGAAGUCCAAGUACUCCUUAAAGAUAAAUCAAGUAUUGAUGCGAUGUUUCUAGCGGCGCAUGUAGAAUAUUUAAAAGGAAAUCACAAGGACGCUGUCAAAAUUUUGACAGCAAUACCGGCGGAUUGCUUAUGUUACAGUUCUUGUGGAGAAUCGUCGACGGUGAUGUUCUACAGCAACAUGGGUGUCAUCCACCAUGCCCUAGGAAAACCAAAUCUAGCUUGUCAUUAUUUCCAGAUGGCUUUGAAAGAGGACUUGAAAGGCACCCAAAAGAACGGUUCAAGAAAGGACGAUAGUGAACAGUUUUUGUACUGUUUGGGCAGUACAAAGUACCACGAACUGAUGUAUAACCUUGGGAUUUCGUUGCUCCACGCUGGAAAACCGACUCAAGCUUUCGACUGCCUUAUAAUAGCAGUCAGAAGGUAUCACCGGAAUUCCAGAUUGUGGAUGAGAUUGGCGGAAUGUUGCAUUAUGAUCCACAAAGAGACCAACGAAAUCGACUUCGAAAAACAAAAAAACCUCAUCGCCGACAUAGCCGGCUCCAGGGACAAGCAACGCCUCGUCCUCACCACCAACCUGUCCAAAGACAAGAAAUACAGCUCGGACAGCCAAUCCUAUGCCGUGCCCGUCCCCACCCUCGAAUUCGCAUCGCUGUGCCUGCGCAACGCGUCCCUGCUCGUCCCCUCUCAAACGGCCACACCCCCCGUGCCGCUCUUCCUCAUUCCCGGCGUCACGCCUCCCGCUCCGCCCCCUUCUCCUGGCCCCGCCCCUUCCAGCCCGUUGGAUGGGGAGGGCGUGGCUACGCUACGUAAUGGUAUAUUAGCGGCGAGCGCGUAUGUGGCGCUUUGUUUAGGGGAUUACGUGGUAGCGUUGGAGCAUGCCAAGGAGAUGUUGGAGCAACCGAAAUUGUCGGGGCUGCACAAGUUACUUGCACAUUUGUAUGCUGCCGAAGCUUUAGUAUUGCUGGAUAAAAUUUCAGACGCGAUAGAUCAUUUGAAUCCCGAUAAUAUCACAGAUAUAUCCUUUGAGUUAUCAUCAGAUAAGGAAACGGUUGAUGAGGAGGUGAUGAAAACGAAUCCUCCUCCUAGGUGGUUUCCGAAUAAUCUGCAAACUGUUCAUGCUGUCAUGCAGUAUAAUAUUGCAGUGGCAAAGACAAUUCGUGGCCAGCUAGAUCAAGCAACUGGUAUAUUGAGACAAGUUUGGCAGCAGAGAGGUCAGACUUGUAAAGUACCAACUCAUAUAUUCAUGUUAUUCAUUUAUAUCGAGCUGCAAUUAGGACACACGGAUGUUGCCAAAAAUUUGAUUCGACAUUAUCCAUACCAACAGAGAAUAACUGUGUGA